AUGGAAGAAAGCCCUCGAGCUCGCAGAAAGCGAAGCCUCCCUUUUUCUUCUUCUCCUCCUUCUUCUCCACUUCCCAAGCGCCCCAAUUUUCCUUCCUUCCAAGACAUCCCCAACCUCCCUUCCAACAUUAAAUCCCUCUGCCACCUCAUCGCUACCACCUCCGCCGCCGCCGUGGAGCAGGCCCUCCAAUGCGCAGCCGUCGACGUCACCCCUCAGGAUGUUGAGGAAGUCCUCAGACUCUCCUAUGGCUUCCCCGGCCAGGCCGUCAAAUUCUUCCGGUGGAGCGGCCGGCACCUCCGCGACAACCACACGCCCUAUUCUUGGAACCUCGUGGUCGACCUCUUGGGCAAGAAUCGGUUCUUUGACGCAAUGUGGGACGCUAUUAAAUCAAUGCAGAAAGAAGGGUUACUCUCACUGGCCACUUUCGCCGCUGUCUUUGGGAGCUACGUCGUCGCCAACAGAACCCGGGAAGCGAUUGUGGCGUUUGAGGUUAUGGAGAAUUACGGUUGUGUGAGGGACGUUGUUGCUCUGAAUUCACUGUUGAGUGCGAUUUGUAGAGAUGGUAGGACUGUUGAUGCUUGUGAUUACUUGCAGGUUGCUAAGAAAUUUGUCCGGCCGGAUGCCGAUUCUUACGCCAUUUUGAUGGAAGGAUGGGAGGGAGAAGGAGACAAGGGUGUGGUUGGUGCUAAGGAGACUUUUGCUGAGAUGGUGAUUGAGAUUGGAUGGGAUCCAGCCAAUAUACCUGCUUAUGAUUCAUUCCUGUGUACUCUUGUUAGAGGGCCUGAUGGAUUGCUUGAGGCUAUUAAGUUUGUUGAUUCAAUGAGGGAUAGAAGGUGUUACCCUGGUCUGAGGUUCUUGAAGGUUGCAUUGGAUGAGUGUGUCAAGUGUAAUGAUGCUAGGACUGCUAAGUUUUUCUGGGAGGUGUUGGUGGAGGUGGGGAGGGUCUUGCAGCCCUCCACAGAGAUGUACAAUGUGAUGAUUGCUUUGUAUUGUUACUGUGGUGAUACUGAUGCUGCGAGGACCAUGCUUGAUGAGAUGGUUUACCGAGGGGCGUUUCCGGAUGUUGUGACUUAUAACUUGCUGUUUAAGUUCAUGAUCAAAGGGAGGAAGUUGAGGGAGGCGUCGGCAGUGUUUGCUGAGAUGGUGAAGAACGAGUUUGUCCCGGAUCAGGAUAAUUGUGAUGCGGCGGUUAAGGCGUAUGUGGAUUGUGGGGAGUCUCUUAUGGCCAUUAAGGUUUGGAAGUGUUUGGUUGAGAAUUACCGGAAUGAUUUGGAGCGGACAGCAAAUUUUCUGGUUGUGGGGCUUCGUGAUUUGAAUAGGGUUCCAGAGGCGGUUAAGUAUGCUGAGGAUAUGAUUGGCAGAGGAAUCAGGUUGUCCUCUUCCACGUUGUCAAAACUGAGACAAACCCUUGUCAAGGAAAGAAAAGAAUUUGUGUAUGAAGAACUUUUGAGGAAGUGCAAAUCUCAUUAA